GUGUAAGCGGUACACGCGCGGGCGGAGCCACGGGCAUCCGUUAAGGGCAGUCCUACUCCAGCUCCCCGCGCGCUUCCUUCCGCGCCUCAGUCCCUCCAGCCACGGUCCUGCCUUCAUCCAGCCGCCCGCCAACUCUGAGCCUGAAACCCCCAGCUUAUCCCUCCUGAGACGUCUUCACUCCAAGACCCAGGCGAUUGUUGGGGGACAAGGUGACAAGUCCUUGCAUCAUAUUCCAGGUUAGAUCAGCAGGAUGGGGUGCAAAGUGCUGUUCAGCCUGGGUCAGCAGAUGCUGAGGCGGAAGGUGGUGGACUGCAGCCAUGAAGAGAGCCGUCUGUCCCGCUGCCUGAACACUUUUGACCUGGUGGCGCUGGGGGUGGGCAGCACGCUGGGUGCUGGCGUGUACGUCCUGGCCGGAGCCGUGGCACGUGAGAAUGCGGGCCCUGCCAUUGUCAUCUCCUUCCUGAUUGCUGCACUGGCCUCGGUGCUGGCCGGCCUUUGUUACGGCGAGUUUGGUGCUCGUGUCCCCAAGACUGGCUCAGCCUACCUCUAUAGCUACGUCACUGUUGGGGAGCUCUGGGCCUUCAUUACAGGGUGGAACCUCAUUCUCUCCUACAUCAUUGGUACUUCAAGUGUGGCACGAGCCUGGAGUGCAACAUUUGAUGAGCUGAUUGGCAAACCUAUUGGGGAGUUCUCUCGGACACACAUGGCUCUGAAUAUCCCCGGAGUGCUGGCCGAAAACCCAGACAUCUUUGCUGUGAUUAUAAUUCUCAUCUUAACAGGACUUUUAACUCUUGGUGUGAAAGAAUCGGCCAUGGUCAACAAAAUAUUCACUUGUGUCAACGUUCUUGUCCUGGGCUUCAUCAUGGUGUCAGGAUUUGUGAAAGGAUCACUGAAAAACUGGCAGCUUGUGGAGGAGGAUUUCCAGAACACAACUGGUCACUUGUGUGGCAACAACACAAAGGCAGGGAAACCCGGUGUCGGUGGCUUCAUGCCCUUCGGGUUCUCCGGUGUCCUAUCAGGAGCAGCUACCUGCUUCUACGCCUUUGUGGGCUUCGACUGCAUUGCCACCACAGGUGAAGAAGUCAAGAACCCUCAGAAGGCCAUCCCUGUGGGCAUCGUUGCCUCCCUCCUGAUUUGUUUCAUCGCCUACUUUGGGGUGUCGGCUGCCCUCACGCUCAUGAUGCCGUACUUGUGCCUGGAUAAGGACAGCCCCCUGCCUGAUGCCUUCAAGCAUGUGGGAUGGGAAGGCGCCAAGUACGCAGUGGCCGUCGGCUCCCUCUGUGCUCUGUCUACCAGCCUUUUGGGUUCCAUGUUUCCCAUGCCGCGAGUUAUCUAUGCCAUGGCUGAAGAUGGACUGCUAUUUAAAUUUUUGGCCAAAAUCAACGAUAGGACAAAAACACCAAUAAUUGCUACGUUAGCCUCAGGUGCCAUUGCUGCUGUGAUGGCCUUUCUCUUUGACCUGAAGGACUUGGUGGACCUCAUGUCCAUUGGCACUCUCCUGGCUUACUCUUUGGUGGCUGCCUGUGUGUUGGUCUUACGGUAUCAACCAGAGCAACCUAACAUGGUAUACCAGAUGGCCAGAACUGCCGAGGAGCUGGACCAAGUAGACCAGAAUGAAUUGGUGAGCACCAGCGAUUCCCAAACAGGCUUUUUACCAGAAGCAGAAAGAUUUUCUUUGAAAAAUAUACUUUCACCAAAAAACAUGGAGCCCUCCAAAUUCUCUGGGCUAAUUGUGAACAUUUCAACCAGCCUCAUAGCUAUUCUUAUCAUCAUCUUCUGCAUCAUUGCUGUGCUUGGAAAGAAUGCUCUGACAAACAAGAAGUGGUGGGCAGUCUUUAUACUCGUUGGUUCUGCCAUCCUCUGCUUAGUGGUCACGGUCAUCAUCUGGAGACAGCCUGAGAGCAAGACCAAGCUCUCAUUUAAGGUGCCCUUACUGCCAGUCCUUCCUGUCCUGAGCAUCUUUGUGAACAUCUAUCUCAUGAUGCAACUGGACCAAGGCACGUGGGUCCGGUUUGCAGUAUGGAUGCUGAUAGGUUUUGCCAUCUACUUCGGCUAUGGACUGUGGCACAGUGAGGAAGCAUCCCUAGCCACUGGCCAAGCAAGGACUCCUGAUGGCAAUUUGGACCACUGCAAGUGACACACAGCCCUGUCCCCCAGAGGUGGCAGCAGCCCUGAGGGAUGCUCACAGGGGACCCAGAAGCACCUCACUGUCUCCACCAGUGCAACAGGACCCACCGACAACCACCAGGCCCCCAAGCAGUGGAAGGUUCACUACCGAGACUGCAGCCUCAGUCCGCAGCACAUGGGGCCUGCCCAGUCUUGCUCUAUGGCAGGCUCAGCCAGCCCUGGUCACCUCUGACAGCUCCCUGGCCAGGGCCACUUGGCUGUGGCUGGCCACUACGCCUCAACUUCCCUCUUCACAAAGAAAACGGCUCCUCUCUUGCUGUGCUGCCAUGGCCCCAGGCAGAAUGGAGGUCACCAGGGCUCUGUUGCCAGGCACCGUUCUGGAGUUGGACAUGUACCUACUCCAGAUUCACAGUGGCCAUCUCCCUGCUCAGCCCCAGACAGCCGGCCAUAAAUGCAAGAUGCGUACCACAAAAUAGUACAUCCCCACAGGAUCACCCCAGAGCCAAAGGCUAGAUGUUUACUCAAACAGGAAAAACAAGACUAGUUUCCUUCUCCUGUCCCUGCUCUCCAAGUAGCUUCCACAAGGGGCCUUAGGACUGUAACCCCUUCUCCACUUCCCCUUCAUUCUGCUCUGCCGCCUUGACAGACCCCCGCCCACUCCACUGCAGGAGGGCCACUGUGGGAAUGAGGCUUGGGCUCCGUCUCCAUUCCAGGGCACCUCCUUCAACCACAUUCCCUCCGGCCAGGCCUGUUCCUGCUGCUCUGGCAUCUCUCAUCACUGGCUGUGUGUCCUGAGUAACUGGAACAUGACACUGUUUGUGUAUGAUCAGCCUCAAAUUAGCAGAGCUCAAAACACCUUUUCUGUGGGUCUCUGCCAUUCACUAAAUCCUGCCCUCUGAUGCUUUUGGGUCAAUGUCUGGGGUCUUGUAAGGUUCCCAGGACAGGUAUCUGUUCUGAGGUGAUGGUGACCAGUUGUCCCAGCCACUUGUGACUCCUACCAUGAUCUGUUUGACCCCUCUCUUAAGUGUGAUCAAAUUGACUCCUCCUGUUAGUUUCUGUGAAUCACUCCAACAAAUAUGUUGGUGCUUUAUGUUAACUUGGAAAAUGGCCAAAUAAUUACUCUGUGCCAUUGGCAUGUUGUUCAGAGUGUGAGACCCACACAUGGGACAUUUGAGGUUGUAUUGCUGUUCCUCUCGUAUGUAUCCAAACGUACCGGUUUGUAUACAAGUUUGUAACUCUGCCUGACGCCAUGUACCCAUAAGUCUCUCUACAUAGCACACUCCAUGCCCUGCCCCAAAACCCCUGUGGUGCUCUCAGAUGGAAGCCAGAGGGAACAGUAACGCUAGUCGAGUCCUCCUCCAGUCAGAGUAUGAUUCAGGAGACAGAAGGUUCCAUGCUGAUGGAAGCUGAGGGAGACGGGGCAUUUUGGACACCACAGACUUUCAAGCUUAAUUUCCCAUUUCUUACCUGCUCCCACCCCUGCCCCUCAGCUUUUGCACAAAUCUGGUAGAAAGACGCCUGGUAAAUUGACAGCGCCUGUCUUUACUCUGCCCCUGAAGGUUCCUGGAGGAAAAUUUAAGAAUUUGUAAAAUAGCCAAAUGGCUGGGUCCACCAGUGGAGGGCAGGCAGCAGGCAGCCUAAGGCUGAGCCAUUGUUCAGACCACAGAUGGAGGAUCCCAAGAGUUCGAAGCUUGGUUUUCCAAAGAAAGAUAUUUCAAUAUAUGUAGGUCAGUGCUGUAAACUAUUUUGAUAAGUAUUAACUUAUUUUGCUUGGGUUUGGGUUGUCUGCUGUCUUUGGGGCCUGUUAGCUGUUUGCUCAAUUUGUCUGGUAUUUUUCCACAUAAGCAAAAAACUGGAGGGAGACUAAGAGAAUUUUUUUUUUUUUUACCUUAAUUUCCCUUCUGGCUGAAAUUUCUGUCCAAUACAGUGCCCAAAAGACUGACUAUAGCUGACCUUUUCACUAACAAAGUCCAGUCUUCCCCAUACCGAAAAAGGUGCGUUUCCCCUGCACUGUCUCAUGAAUGAGACCCUCCCAACACGCACCUCCCCUGCUUCCUCAGCCCAGAGCCAGAGGUGCUCACAGAAGGCGUGCAGCUUAGUCUAAGGAAAAGCCCCUGCGCCCUCCCAUCAGAGCAAGGGCUCCUGAGGGUGACUCGGACACAGUGCACAUGUCCCUGUGCUCCUGUUUAGGGCAGUUUGUCCUCUGUGUAUGAGGGCCAUGCUGUAGGGAGGGUGUGGGGGUUCACCUCUCAAUGCACAUACACUUCUUAUCACACCCCUCAUUACUGUCCCUGAAAUACACACACACAAGCAAAAAGAAAACCCACCAAAAGUGCCCCUACCCCCCACCAAACAAGAACAGGAUUGUCAUUUUCAUGGCUAAGCCAGUACUUUCCUACAUAGUCAGAAAUUACACACAUCUAGAGAUACAGCCUUUGGGGAUAUUGUGUCUACUCAUCUUUGCCCCAGCCCCAAAUGCUCAGGAUGGACAGACCCAUUGUGAUGAGUAAACGCCCCUCCCUUCCUGUCCAAAAUCCUGCUGACAUGAUUUUAUGACUUCACUCCCCAAAACAGCAUUGGAGCCCCAGGACCUCAAAGAGGGAGAAUGAAGGAGGUUUCCAAGGAAAUAGCCAGGCCCCUAGGGACCUUCUAAGAGGGGGACCCUUGGCCAGUGCAUGUGCCCUGCCCCACCCCACCUCACCUGCUCACACCCUCUCAGCCGGAUUUUGGGCUGAAUUUGUUUUUCCAGACCAAGAGGGAGUAGUGAUACAGCCAUCUUUUCCAAGCUGUUUGGGAAGGACUGCUGAAUUUAGGCUGUAGUCAGAACUCACAUCUCCCUGACCUUUGGUUUUGUUCCGUUGAGACCAUCAGGCAAUCAGCCACCUGGCCCCAUGUGCUGAUGGGUGGUUUGGACACCACAGUCUGCCUCCCAAGGCCCAACACACUCCUCUGUACCUGUGGCAUGGCGUAGAUUCACACCUGGGUGAGGCACCCGGCCCUGCUUGACCCUUGGCCACUGCAUUUGUUGUGCUGCGUGCAUGGGGAUGGGAAGGUGGGUUCUGCCAGGUCUUCUCCCCUCCGCCCCCACCACUAAGCAGACAUUCUGAAUUGACUGGGUUUUGCUCUCCCAAAUAGGAUUGCCUAACAUUGGAGACAGAAUUAUGAGAUCAGGGUAGGAGGCUGGGUUCCUUGGGUGAGUGGACACACCUCACAGGGGCCCUACCCACAUGGUAGGUGAGCUCACUAACAUUCUGGGCACCUCUGCCUGGCUCUGUUCCAAAACCUGUCUUUUCUGAUUUGCAUGCCCUACUAUUACACAUCUAGUAAGAGCCAUCAUGGUGACAGGCCUCAUGACUGGUGUGUUCCAGGAUGGAUGGAGAGGCAUGUUUGUGGGCACAUCCACACUGCUGGGCGUAGGUAUGUCACACGUGUGUGUGGAACUGUUAGUGUCUGGUGGAACUAAAUAUAUGUUACGUGUUAUUGUUAUGUGUAAUUUAAAAUAUAUCUAUUUGCCAUCAUAAUGAGUAUUGUAUGUAAGGCUUCUUGGGGAGAGUGAGAUUGUGCAUUUUGUCGGACUCUCUUGGACUUUUUUUUUAAUGAAAUCUUUAUUGAUCCAGUGGUGUAAGAAACUACACUCUUUAUUCCAUCAUCGUCGUUAUGACGCCUGAUGGAGUUUUUAGGUUAAAGAAAAAAAUGUCGACUAACUUUCAUCUUCGUCACUGUAGUUGAGUCUUUGUGCCCGUUGCUUUGUUGAGGUUGUGCUCUCUUUCAAUGGGACGAGGGCUGGCCAAGGGUCUCAGGGCACAGUUAUCAAGGAGCGAUCCUGGAUCAUUCUCUAGGUUUUGAGCUGCUGGCUGGAAGACCCGCGUGAGAUGGACGACCUUGGCUGUAAAGUCCAGGGGAUUUUCUCAGGGUGUGAGAGUGUCCAGCAGGCUCAGGAAGCAGGGCUCAGAAGAUGCACUCGGACUUUGUUAAUUUAUUAACAAGGUAUAUAUGAUCUUGUGUUUCUUGAUGACAGACUUUUUAAUUUUGGGACUUAUUUUCCCAUUUGAGAAGUUAUAAUAUAUAUAUUUAAAAUAAGUUUCCUGCUUAAGUUGUGCCUUUCAGCAUUAGUGGGUGUGAGGAGCACCAAGGGGCAUGACCCCUGUGAGGGUUGGUUUAUUACCAAACCCGAAGAUCUGUAGUUUCUCGGGUAAACCUUUUCUUCUACUGAACAUGGAGCCAUUGUUAAAUGAAUUGUGUUUUUUAUUAUGUAAAUUGUAAAAUAUUUUUUGCUUGUCUGAUGCUCUAUUUUUCUAAUAGUUUUCUUAUAGUUUCUUACAAUUGUGAUACUAGAUUUAGAUUUUGACACUAACUACAAAUCAAAUUGGUAUCUGCUGUUCCCCCUCGUUUUUAUUUUAUUUUAAGGAAGAGCAUAGAUGUUGUCCAUCGCCUUUAAAAAAUGUGAAACUCUGUAUUCAAUUUUGCUGACAACACUGUAUGUCAGCAACUUCCUACCAUACUUUAUGUUGUACAACCAAACUAUUCCGUGGUAUAUAAUCUCAUGCUUCCACAAAUUCCAAUAAAUUCUU